AUGUCCACCAUUGAAACCCUCCCCUUCGAGCUAAUAGUAGCUAUCCUCCAAAAACUCGACAACAUCCACUCCCUCCUUUCUUCUAUCCUUACAUGUCACAACUUCCAUAAUGUAUACCAAGAAUAUCCCAGUGUCAGAACCGCGGUAUUCCGCCGCCAGCUCACCCCAGCUCUCCUCCCUUACUCACUCGCCGUAUACGAAACGUCGCGACUCCCACCCCUUGACAGAGAAGAUUCGAUUCGCGACUUAGUCAAUACUCUUCACGAAACGCCUCAUAAUCUCACAGCACAACCCGAAACACUUCCUCUCUCCACUCUCCUCAGACUAGGACGUACUCACGAGGCCAUCACAAGACUAGUAGCCGAGUUUGCUAGUACGGCUUCUGCCCUACUCUCGCAAGAUGAGCAAGGAGAUUGUAGCGACCUCACUCUAUCCGAAAACGAAAGCCUUCGUUUCUUCCGCUCUUUCUACCGCGUCGAAAUCUAUUUCACGAUCUUUCCCGGCGAGAAAGAAUUGUUGGAUUUUGAUCCCUCCGAGAGCAGCGAUGUGGGUUUUUUCUUUUCGAAAUAUACGGUCUGGGAAAUAGAGGAAGUCGCUUGUGUUCAUGACUUUUUGGAGGAACGGAUCUCUCAGAGCACUGUUGACAUCCUCACUCAUGAUGUCGCUUUUGGGGAAUUCAGCGCCGACUACCUCGUGCGUGGCUGGGAAAACUGUUGGAUCCAACGCUGGAUGUCCCAAGGAAUGGAGUACGUUAACCAACUCGUCUUCGAGACGUCCUACGAGAUAAUAUGGUCACUAUUGGACUCAGCAAACAACAGCAAAAACGGCCGUCUGUAUGACGCCCUCUUAUCACUACAAGAUCGACCUAUUGACGCCCUAGUGAAAGAACUCCAGUCUUCAGACUCCGGAGCCUAUCAAAGCUGGUUCUCAACCCAGAACGUCGUCACUCUUGACACCUGGAUCAUGUCUUCCGAGAACGCAGGCCUCCGUGAACGCGCUUUUCUCAUGUGGGACCCCUCACGUCUCGAAACUCACAACUUAGCAAAGCUCUUCGCAGAUCCGCCCGUCGCUCCAGCAAAGUACACGCGCAAAGAUCACGAUAAGAUGCGGGAGUCUUUCAAUGAAAGAUCAGAGGUAGAUCGUAGAGGUGGCGCUGGGUACUGGUCCAAAGGCGAUUUUAGUAGGGUGGUGCCGAAGGAGUUUCUAAUCAAGCUGGGACGGAAGUGGGUUCCCGGGUCUUUUACACUACCGGCUGGGUUUACGUGGAUUAAAGAGGGGGAUGGUGAGGAGGAGGAAAGUGAGGUGUGUGAGAGGGAAGUGGGUGGGUUGAGUUGA